UUUAUUAUUGAUUAUUUAUUGUCAAUUGUAUAAUUAAAUAUUUGUGUAAUAUUAUUUCUAAUAAAUAUUGAUCAUGAUAACUAUAUAUUAAUUAUUAUAUUCAACAAUAACAAAUAUAUAUAUAUACAAGUUAUUUAAUCGACAAUGAAUUAAAAUAUAGACGAUAUAUCGAUCCUUAACAAGAUAAUUCAUUAAAAAACAAAAAGAAAAAAAACAGAAGUUGAAUUCUCAAUUGAAUUUUCGAUAUAGAAUUUUUCUUUUUAAUAAAAUCUACGUUGGAACUAAAUCUUUGAUUAGAUUUGAAAAAUUUUCAUUAAAAAACUCUAGUCAAAUAAAUCAAAUCUUAGUUGAAUUAAUCAAAAUUGAAUUUAUUUAUUAGACUCUUCUCUUUUAUGUAAUACAAAAACAAAUAAGAAUAUUUGUCUACAAUUAAAUAAAUACAUAAGAACCAUUUUUAUAUUUCGACCAAUUUUAUUUAACUUAAUUGAAUAAUAAAAUUUAUUUAUUUAUUCAAACAUUUUUUUUCUCUCAUAUUAUGUAAAUAUAUGAAAUCAAUAAAUAUUUAGUAAAAUAGUUGUUAGUUGACCUAUUCAAAUAAACAAGUAAUUAACAUAUUAAAUAAAUUAAUAAAAUUUGUUAAAUCUAAUUGAAUUGAAAUCAUAUGAAUCAUAUUGAAAUUUUUUUCUUUUUUUUUAAAUAAAUAAAUUCUAGGUGCAAAUAAUACAGUACGAACGACUCGAACUCGAACUGACGAUGGUAAAUUUUUAACAACUAUUGCAACAAUAUCAAAAAUAAAUAAUUCAAAUGAGAAUCAAGUUAAUAUUCUUAUUAACAGAAAUGAAAAAAAUCUCUUUUUUGGUCAAUUAACAAAUAAUUCUAUUAAACGAACAUUUUCCGAUGAUUCAAAUUCAAAUUGUUUAACAAAAAAAGUUUUACAAAUUGAAAAAGAUCGACAAAAAAUUGAAGAAUAUUGA